AUGAGGGGGAGUCCGACAAGCUGGGCUGUUUUCUUACUUCUACUUUCGACAGUUUCUCCCAUCAAAGGUUAGUAAGUGCGCGUGCAAGGAAAAAAUAGAAUAGCACACGAACCUCUCGUAAGUGCAGAGGCAACCGUCACUGACCCGCGUUCUUUUUUAAUGACUGAUAUAUAUUUUUCAGUUUUAUAUUUAGUCUAACUAAGUGCCAUUAUUAUGAUACCUACAACCAAUUUGAAUUGCGGGCCUACAGUAAAGCUUCAAACCUCGUAAACGCCGGCGGAUAUUCCGUGACCUUCGACAACCUCGGAAACUUUUUGGAUAAACAGAAGGAGCUUUUCUGAUGGGAAUAAAACCUGAUUUGCUUCAAUUAAUUGCGAUAACGUCUGUUACCGCCUUGAACAAGCAAACAUUUAUAGAACAAACAAGGUAGUCCUUAAUUUAAUAUCCCAAUUUGAAUUUUUCCGGUUUCACUCAGUUCGUUAAGUGACCGAGAAAAUUUUGUCUCAGUUGACGCAUUGCGUCCAUUGUACACAAGAUUAAUUUUAUGAUUUAUUAAUCAUGAGGUUAUCUAGGCUUCAGAGAGUGUCCAAACAUCGCUUUUUUCCAAGCAAUUCAGGGUUAAAUCUUUACAAUACAAUACGAAACAGAAAAUAGUCCUUACGUGACACAAAACUUAAUCGGUUUCGGUUUCCGAGAAAUUAAGCUGCUCGAGUGGUUUCUUGGAAACCUUCCAAGCCUUUUUCAAAAACACCAUAAUACUUUUUUGCAUCCGUAGACACUGGCCACUAAAAAAGGACGCCUUAAAAUGAGUAAAAUUGCCAAAUUUGAAAGUGAUACGUCUUUAGCGGGCAAAGAUAUAGGUCCGAUCCGCAAAGUUGCAAUAAUUUACAGACGUUUGUAUGUUGGGGAGUACAAACUGGCAAAAUUUGGCCACUUUGAGGAGCUGUAUCUUCAUUACUUUUCAACAAAUCACUUUCAAACUUGGCGAUUUUACUGAUUUUAAGGCGCUACUUUUUUGUGGUGUCGACGGAUUUUCCCGAACUUGUCCAUAACAAAGUUGAAAAAACCGUGAAAAGGUGUAUACUCUUAGGACUUACAAAUGUCCCAAGAGAAUUUGAAAAUAAUGUUAUGCUUAAUAUGCAAAUUUUUGGAUAGACAACGAGCAAAGAGUACUGUGAUAUUCUGAUAUUAUUAUGUUUUUAUCUUAUGUUUUAUUUAUUUCAGAUAUUCUUAAACAACGGGAUUUUUCUAUAAAAUAUGCAUUGGCUCUGAUGAAUGGCCGAAACAAAAACCUCGCGCUGCGGAGGGUUUUUUCUUUUACCCGUAAACUCUCCCUAUGCUUCGCCGUUCUGAACUCAGCUAAGUAAGGAAAAUUGAAGAGCGUGGAAUUGGAAAUGUUCUAUCCUCAUGAACUAUUUGAAUGCUUCUGUAAACUGCUUUGCCGUCGGUUGAAUCUGAGCUUGUAUACGUGUCGGGAAAGAACACGUUAUAAUUCGGGGUGCAAACAUGACAGGUUUUGCCGCCGAACAUUCAGAGUUUGGAGUAGGGUGCUGUUGUCGACUUGAUUAAUGUUUGUACUCAACAAAAUAUUCUUUGCAAGAAUUUUUAAACGUUAAGAAUAUUUUCUGGAGGCAAGUGUGCUAUUUCGAGAAAUAUGCCCGAAAGUUGAGAAAUAGACUGCUUGCAGUCCGCCUUUUCUCUUAAAAUUCGUAUAGUUCUUAUCUCAGUCAGCGCGAUUGCAAACCACGACGUUAUUUUAUAACGGAUUAGGAUCAGACGAGAAAAGAUGGACUGCGGACUCUUUUGUAGUAAACAAACCCUCCGUCAGCCCAGAAACGGAGUAACCGAUUGGUCAAUUUUACAGCUGUUGACAGAUCAUUGACUGGUCUGUGGUGAAGAUGCAAGCGAUAAAAUAGUCACGCGUCACAAAGCAACUAACAACAAACAAUUACGAACCUGGCAGUAAUCGCUUGUAAACUAAAACGUUUAAGGCUAUCUUACACAAGGAAACUGUUGAAAAUUUCCUCAAGGGAAAGGAAUUCAAGGUAAUCUUACCGGAUUUUAAAAGAAGUAAAAUUUUUUAGUUGUUUAUGUCAAAAGUUCUGUUUAUAAAUCGUUUCAAGUCACUCGGGUUUAAUUGGUUAAUUAAAUUACCUUGACAGCUUAGUUGUCCCGAGACAGAACAAAAGAGUCAUCAGUCUUUUAUUUUUUCUUCUCGGGCCUACGCCCUCGUUUAUCGCGGCUCGCGGCUUCGCCAUUCGCGUGCUUCGGUUUCGCGCGUAGUAACUUUGCAAAGAAAAAUAACAGACUGCUCGCAGUCUAGUUGAGAAAAGUAAAUUAUGAGCGGAUCGCGCUGAUCAAAAACAUAUAAACAACUUACCUUUGGCGCGACAGUUUGCCUUAACGGCAACGAUUAGCCCCAACGAUUAUUCCUUUUCUCGGUCGACAUAGAUAUGCCGGUGCCUAACACUCGUCAUGAAAGUGUUGAGUAAACCGCCUGCAUCUUAGUUUGUGAUUUUGAUUUGGUUUGACGUUAUUAUUUCCAAUUUUUUAAUUUUUUUUUUUAUCCCUGAACAAGACUUUUAGUCGACCCUAGGUCAAGAAAUCCAAAACGACAGCACCGAAAACACUAGGCGUUUAUGAGAGUUCAUCGGCGCCGCACUCUUCAGAACCUCUUUCGGUUCUAUUUCUUUUUUCUGCUGCUGUUGUUGUUGUUGAUUUCAAUAAUUCGGCUGCUUCAAAUAAAUAAUUUGCCAUUUUCAUUUGUAUUUCAUAACUAGGAGAGGACAAGAAAAGACAGUCGGAAAGCGAGUCAUCCUGGUGCCUAAGUAACUAUAAAUUUGGCAUAUUUGUAGGAGUAGGAGCUGUAGUCGCAACUCCUUUUGCUCUUGGUGCUGCAGGGUUCACCACUGCAGGCGUAGCAGCGGGUUCGGCAGCUGCAGCUGUCCAAUCUACAGUCUACGGCGCAUCAGUUGGUUCUGGUACUGUUUUCGCAGCCCUCCAGAGUGCUGGAGCCGCCGGAAUAGGUGGGGCGGCAAAAUUUGCCAUAGGUACCACUGUUGGGGCAGCGGCGACAUAUUUGAAAAGCAAAUUUUACCCAUGUGACUCGGAGGAAGCCAAGUGCACAUCAGACUGA